CGUCAGGAUUUUUGCGUCGUGUUCCUUCUCGGCAACUUCACUCCUCGACUUUCAGCCAACGGCCGGUCGCAGCCAAAACAUUUCCUACUUUUAACGCUCCCAGGUUUCUCAACGCUUCUCGGACGUACAACCUGGGAACCAAAAACAUCUGGAAUAAUCAGCGUCUGAGUGGUCGGAUGAUGGAUUUGCGGAUUUUACUCCCAGCUCUCCUGCUUGUUUUCGGUUUGGCGACAGUUUUCGCCCAGUCUUCCGCACCUGACAAAGCGUGUGAGGCAAAGAACGGGACAAGCUGUGAGGAAUGCCUGAAAAAUGUGACGUGUUUGUGGUGUAUUACAACCAAGACUUGUAUGACAUAUCCAGUGAGGACCAUCCUUCCACCCCAUGCUCUCUGCCCACUGAAUGAUGCACGGUGGGGGCUCUGCUGGAUGAACUUCCAGAUACUGAUUAUCACCUUGGCAGUGGUUGGCGGAGUUAUCAUCAUCGCCUUCCUAGUCUGUUUGUUCUGCUGCUGCAAGUGUGAGAACUUUGGAUCCACAAGGUUUGAGGCCAAGAUGGAGAGACAGGCCAAUAAGAUGAAAACCAAGCAGGAAGAAAGGAGGACAGAGAUGAAACAGAGACACGACGAAAUCAGGAAGAAAUAUGGUCUAAGUGGGCAAAACCCUUACUCCAGGUUUGCAUGAGAGUACCAGUGAACUGACAUUUUGCACCAUGAACCUUUUAUUUUUCCUGGACCUCUGAUGGCUACGUAAACUAUUAAGAAAAGUGACAGUAGUUUUGUACAGACAGCCUCUAGUGUCAUUGAGCCAAUGAACAGGAAUGUUAUGUUCACUGUAAUGAUCCAAGAGGCUGUAACCAUAGGCUAGAAUAGACCCAUGUAGCAGCAGUGUUCUUCAAGACUACAGUGGUCUAUCAUGUGACUCCUGUAGCAUCAGUCUACUCAUACUAUCUAUUAGGUUGAGUAUAAUUGUACAUUAUGGAAAGAUUCCUCUUUGGUAGCUGAACAAAUUUUUUUCCUUUGCUUAAGAAAAUCUGUUGCAUCUGUAAACCUGCUCUGGGUUGCUGCUGAGAUUAGAGAUCUAGUUGAUAGUGAUAAUCUAUUUUUGUACUUGGUGUAAUUUGUCUUGUUUCUUGUUUCAAAAUGACUCAUUCCUAUUCUAAAAUGUACAUGUUGAAAAGGCAAUUUCGUUGUGUUAUUGCUGUAUGUUCCACUCAUAGAUGGACUCAUGUUUUUUUUUUGUAACAUACUAGGUUCAGAAAAUACGGUCAUUCUAUGGCAUCAAAAUGAAAUCUUCAUCCUUGCACUCUGAAUUAAUAAAGAAAUAAUUAAGUUAAGUUGAAUGUGUUGAUCUUUAAGUUGAAUUGAAUCAGUCUAAAUUACCUGUAUAACCUGUAAAGACACAAACGCCUAA